UGGAGACCGCGAGGGCGGAGCUAAGAGAAAUCUCAGAGCCGCGCAGCGCUCUGGAGUUGAGGCGGCAUCAGCUGAGGACGGAGCGACGGUCGUGGCAGGAAAUAGUUCCUCAAGAUGGAGGACGGGAAGCCUGUUUGGGCUCCACACCCAACUGAUGGGUUUCAGAUGGGGAGCAUUGUGGAUAUCGGACCUGACGGUUUAACUAUUGAACCUGUAAAUCAAAAAGGCAAGACCAUUUUUGCUGCUAUCAACCAAGUCUUUCCCGCAGAGGAGGACAGUAAGAAGGAUGUGGAGGAUAAUUGUUCCCUAAUGUAUUUAAAUGAAGCUACCCUCUUACAUAAUAUAAGAGUUCGCUACAGCAAGGAUAGAAUUUAUACUUAUGUAGCCAACAUCCUGAUAGCAGUGAAUCCUUACUUCGAUAUACCAAAACUUUACUCAUUAGAUGUUAUUAAAAAGUAUCAAGGCAAGUCACUAGGGACGCUGGCGCCUCACGUUUAUGCAAUUGCUGACAAAGCCUUCCGCGACAUGAAAGUGCUCAAGAUGAGUCAGUCGAUCAUCGUGUCUGGUGAAUCAGGAGCUGGCAAGACAGAAAAUACUAAAUUUGUUUUACGGUAUUUGACUGAAUCUUAUGGUAGUGGACAAGAUAUUGAUGACAGGAUUGUAGAAGCCAAUCCACUACUAGAAGCAUUUGGAAACGCAAAGACUGUUCGUAACAAUAAUAGCAGUCGUUUUGGAAAAUUUGUAGAAAUCCAUUUCAAUGAAAAGAAUUCAGUUGUUGGUGGAUUUGUGUCACAUUAUCUCCUGGAGAAAUCCAGGAUUUGUGUUCAAGGCCCAGAAGAAAGGAAUUACCACAUAUUCUAUAGGCUAUGUGCUGGAGCCCCUGAAAAUAUAAGGGAGAAAUUGUAUUUAAGUUCACCAGAUAACUUUAGGUAUUUAAACCGUGGGUGCACUCGCUACUUUGCUACUAAAGAAACUGAUAAGCAGAUUUUACAGAAUCGCAAAAGUCCUGAGUACCAAAAAUCAGGUUCCUUGAAGGACCCUCUGCUAGAUGACCAUGGAGAUUUUAACAGGAUGUGCACUGCAAUGAAGAAGAUUGGGCUUAAUGAUGAAGAGAAGCUGGACCUCUUCCGAGUGGUUGCUGGUGUUUUACAUCUGGGGAAUAUUGAUUUUGAAGAAGCUGGCAGCACAUCUGGUGGAUGUACACUGAAAAAUAAAUCUGCCCAGUCUUUGGAAUACUGUGCUAAACUACUUGGCUUGGAUGAGGAUGAUCUCCGUGUGAGUUUAACCACCAGAGUCAUGCUGACAACAGCAGGGGGCACCAAAGGGACGGUUAUCAAGGUUCCAUUAAAAGUAGAACAAGCAAAUAAUGCACGUGAUGCUUUGGCAAAAACUGUCUAUAGUCACCUCUUUGACCAUGUGGUCAACAGGGUAAAUCAAUGUUUCCCAUUUGAGACGUCGUCUUUUUUCAUUGGUGUUCUGGAUAUUGCAGGUUUUGAAUAUUUUGAACACAACAGCUUUGAACAGUUUUGCAUUAAUUACUGUAAUGAGAAGCUACAGCAAUUCUUUAAUGAAAGGAUCCUUAAAGAGGAACAAGAACUUUAUCAAAAAGAAGGUUUAGGUGUUAAUGAAGUACAUUAUGUGGAUAACCAGGACUGUAUAGAUUUGAUUGAAGGAAAAUUGAUAGGAAUUCUUGAUAUUUUGGACGAAGAAAAUCGUCUUCCACAGCCAAGCGAUCAACAUUUCGCUUCAGUGGUUCAUCAGAAACAAAAACAACAUUUCAGGCUAUCAAUACCCAGAAAGUCUAAAUUGGCUGUUCAUCGAAAUAUUCGUGAUGAUGAGGGAUUUAUCGUCAGACAUUUUGCAGGAGCAGUUUGCUAUGAGACGACCCAAUUUGUGGAGAAAAACAACGAUGCUUUGCAUAUGUCUCUGGAAUCCCUUAUAUGUGAAUCCAAAGAUAAAUUUAUCCGACUACUUUUUGAGUCCAACACUAACAACAAUAAGGAUACUAAGCAAAAAGCAGGAAAACUAAGUUUUAUCAGCGUGGGCAACAAAUUCAAGACUCAGCUAAACCUGCUUCUGGAAAAGCUUCGUAGCACUGGAUCAAGCUUUAUUCGAUGCAUCAAACCGAAUCUAAAGAUGACCAGUCACCAAUUUGAAGGUGCUCAAAUCCUCUCUCAGCUCCAAUGUUCAGGCAUGGUGUCUGUUUUGGACUUAAUGCAAGGUGGCUUCCCAUCACGAGCCUCAUUCCAUGAACUUUAUAACAUGUAUAAAAAAUAUAUGCCUGAAAAACUGACCCGUCUGGAUCCGAGACUCUUCUGCAAGGCUCUCUUCAAAGCCCUUGGCUUAAAUGAACAAGAUUAUAAAUUUGGAUUAACCAAAGUGUUCUUUAGACCUGGCAAGUUUGCAGAAUUUGAUCAAAUCAUGAAGUCUGAUCCAGAUCAUCUUGCUGACCUGAUUAAACGUGUGAACCACUGGCUUCUCUGCAGCCGUUGGAAGAAGGUUCAGUGGUGUUCUUUAUCAGUUAUCAAAUUGAAAAACAAAAUCAAGUACAGAGCAAGUGCCUGUAUUAAAAUACAAAAGACAAUUCGUAUGUGGCUAUGCAAGAGAAGGCAUCAACCACGCAUAGAUGGUUUAAUAAAGCUUCGCACACUGAAACAGCGGCUAUAUAAAUUCAAUGAAGUAGUAACUGCUCUCAAAGAGGGGAAGGCAGAAAUGAGCAAGCAGGUCAAGGACCUUGAGAUGUCCAUUGAUGCUCUGAUGGCCAAGAUCAAGGCCACUGUCAUGCCUAGACAACAGAUUCAGAAGGAAUAUGAUGCCCUAGUUAAAAGCUCUGAGAAACUUUUGGGUGCCCUUCAGAAAAAGAAGCAGCAAGAGGAGGAAGCCGAAAGAUUGAGACGCAUCCAGGCAGAAAUGGAGAAAGAAAGGAAAAGGCGUGAGGAAGAGGAACAGCGUCGGAAGAAGGAAGAGGAAGAAAGGCGACUGAAAUAUGAGAUUGAAGCAAAGAGAAAACUGGAAGAAGAAGAAAGGAAAAAGAGAGAGGAUGAAGAAAGAAGAAUUCAGGCUGAAGUUGAGGCUCAGCUGGCCAAAGAACGUGAAGAAGCGAGUCAGCAGCAAACCAUUCUCGAACAAGAGCGCAGAGAUCACGAGCUGGCUUUGCGAAUUGCUCAAAGCGAAUCUGAGCUCAUCAACGAUGAGGCUCAGCUGGACCCAAGUUUGCGCAGACUCAAUGGAACAAGGUGUCAAAUGACCGCGGAACAAAUGGUCAAAGAAAUAUCAGAAUACUUAUCUAGGGGACCUUCAGUUCAAGCUACCAAAGCUGCAGCUGGCAUUAAAAAGCAUGACCUUAGCAAGUGGAAGUAUGCAGACCUGCGAGAUACAAUCAAUACCUCUUGUGAUAUUGAAUUGCUGGCAGCUUGCAGAGAAGAGUUUCAUAGGCGGCUUAAGGUUUAUCAUGCUUGGAAGGCCAAGAACAAGAAACGCAAUACUGAAAUGGAACAGCGGGCUCCCAAAUCAGUGACUGAUUACGAUUUUGCACCAUUUUUGAACAACUCAACUCAGCAGAAUCCAGCAAGUCAGUUGUCCGUUAGACAGCAGCAAGAGAUCGAAAUGAACCGCCAACAGCGAUAUUUUCGAAUUCCUUUCAUCCGCCCAGCAGAUCAAUACAAGGAUCCACAGAAUAAGAAAAAAGGCUGGUGGUAUGCUCACUUUGAUGGACCAUGGAUUGCUCGUCAAAUGGAACUUCAUCCUGAUAAGCAACCCAUUUUGCUAGUAGCUGGCAAGGAUGACAUGGAGAUGUGUGAGCUGAACCUUGAAGAAACUGGCCUGACUCGUAAGCGAGGUGCUGAAAUUUUGCCACGGCAGUUUGAAGAGAUUUGGGAACGCUGUGGUGGAAUCCAGUAUCUUCAAAAUGCAAUUGAGAGCAAACAAGCUCGGCCGACUUAUGCAACUGCUAUGCUGCAGAACUUGUUGAAAUAAAUAGUUAUUUUGCACCUUCUGAGUACAGCGGAACUUUUAACAUUCCAUAAUCAUGUAGAGAUGUUUAAUAUAAAUUGAUUUUAUUAAUGUGUCGAUUUUUAGUUUGUACUUUUGAUGUCUUAAUUUGUGUAGUCAGCUCAUUCAUUCUCAAGAUCUAAAUUUUUCUUUCAGUCAAGUAUGUUGUUUGCUUUAGGCCAGCAUAUGAUAAUACAAAUAAUACUGUAAUAUAGAGCAGAAAUGGUAAAUCUACGAUUCUCCUAUCGUGCUGGGUUCCAACAUCUGUCAACCCCAACUCAUAGUCAGUGCUAUGGGGUAUAAGUCCAGCAGUGAUUGGAGAAUUAGAGACCACCAUCCCUGAUGUAGCAUAACAUACUACCAAUAUGUAGUUUAGAACUACCCAAAAUGGCGUUUUAUCUUCUGUAACACAGUUCCCAGAUACUAUCUGGAAAAAUGAGUUUCCACAAAGUAGAAGAAGCCGUGUUUUCUUUACACUAGGCUAACUAGAACUGUGAGGCCUUAAUGUUCUUAACUUUUAAUGUACAGAAAUUAAAGUAGACUCCUAUAAAGGUGAAAGAUAACCCUUCAACAUCACUUGCAAACAAGCAUUUUGGGAAAAUGUGUCUUAAGGUAGAUCGGGUGUCAUAUACUGAAUAUAGAAAAACUUGAGCCUGAAGUGCUUUAGCAAUUCAGAACUGAAACGGUUUGAUGCACUUUUAAGCAGUUGUGCAUGUGUGUAUUUGUCUUCUUUUUUAAACUGCUUUUUUUUUCUUUUUUACAAAACAGUUUCCUUCAGACAAUUCAUGUUUAAUUUUUUUGUCAUAACUGUAUUAGUCAACUGUAUUUCUCAGUCAAAGUGAAAUAUAAUUCACAGAGAUUUAUAUAUGCAGAUAUUUAUGGCUGGAGCCAUCAGAGAAGUGAACUCCAUGAAUUAUGCCAGCAAAGUUGAAUUUGAAUAUAGGGACCUGUGUUGUCCUUCUAUGCAUCUCUGAAAUGAAUAUGGAUUAAGUAGAUUUUUUCCUGAAUCCUGAUGAAAUGGCAGAACCCUGGCAUUUCUUGUUACAUCAUGCUGCUUCAAAUUGUUUAACUUCAAAGUGUUCAAGGUUUUUCUCUCUCUCCUAAUCUAAUAGAUCUUUUCUUGUUGCUAAUCUCCCAAAUUCAGGUUUUGGGGGCUUUUCUUUUCGGCAGGAUUUCCUUAACAGUAAUUAAAAUACUUGCAGCAAGUUAUUUCUUUCAGACAGUUUUAAAUUGCCUUUGGUUGAUGUUGCAAAAUAACCUAAUGUAAGCAAUAACAAAUCUUGGUGUUAUCACCGUUUUGGGAUCUUUAUAGAAAUUAAGAAAUGUCACUUAAUAAAAAAAAAAUUACAGAACUCA